UCCUGUCCCAGUCCGGAACGAAUUUUGUAAAGAAGGCUGCACAGCACUGCAUUGGGAAAACCGGAACAAGCUGUGAGCAAGCUGGUCUAUCGCCUAGCCGAUCAUGGAGGACGAGCCGAACAAGAAGAAGCUGCUAAUACUUUACGCUUCAGAAACUGGAAAUGCCAUGGACGCAGCUGAGCGAUUAGGUCGCGAAGCCGAUCGCCGCUGCUGCCCCGUCUCCGUCCUCUGCAUCGAUGACUUUGAACCCAAAAGUUUACCUUUUGAAGAGACGGUCAUUUUUGUGGUUUCAACCACCGGCCAAGGGGACGUUCCGGAUUCCAUGAAGGGGUUUUGGAGGUUUUUAUUGCAGAGGAGUUUAAGUAAGGAGUGGCUUAAAGGAGUUGAUUAUGGCGUGUUUGGAUUGGGUGAUUCGAGCUACCAGAAAUAUAAUUUUGUUGCGAAGAAGCUAGACAAAAGACUGUUGGAUCUUGGUGCUAGAUCCCUGAUUGAAAGAGGUCUUGGAGAUGAUCAGCAUCCAUCAGGGUAUGAAGGAGCUCUGGACCCUUGGAUGUCCAAAUUGUGGAAGACAUUGUACAAUAAGGCUCCUAAUUUGUUCCCUAAUGAUCCAAAUACUGCCACAUUAAAUGGUACUUGGGUGGAUCAGCCGAAGAUACAGAUAACAUAUCAUGAUGUUGGUAAAGGAAAUUCUCAAUGUUCAGCCGCCAUUGACUUCAAAAGUCUUGAGAUGCUGAUCGAGAGAACUCGUUCAAUGUCCCCUGGGAAAUCUUCUGGCAAGAUGAGGCCUGAUUGCUUUCUAAAUUUGACAGAAAACUGCCCAUUAACUAGGCCAGGUAGCGGCAAGGAUGUAUGGCACUUAGAGUUCGAAGCAGUUUCAUCAUCUUUUUCCUUGUUUCAGUCUAUUCACUAUGAUGUUGGUGAUGUUCUCGAGGUGCUUCCCAGCCAAGAUCCUGUUGCAGUUGAUGCUUUCAUGAAGCGUUGUAAUUUGAACCCAGAAGCUUACAUCACUGUUCAACCAAGCAAGAAAGAGAAUUCCAUGGGUGAUACUAACCAUGCUCCGGACAUCCCUGUGAAAUUGAAAACUUUUGUGGAAUUAACAAUGGAUAUUGCAUCAGCUUCGCCCAGACGCUAUUUCUUUGAGAUCAUGAGUAAUUUUGCCAGUGCUCAACAUGAGAAGGAAAGGCUGCAGUAUUUUGCGUCGCCUGAAGGAAGAGAUGAUCUAUAUCAAUACAACCAAAAGGAACGAAGAACUGUGCUGGAGGUCUUAGAAGAUUUCCCUUCUGUGCAAAUGCCACUUGAAUGGUUGGUACAGUUAAUUCCUCCACUAAAGACGAGAGCUUUCUCCAUUUCUUCUUCUAAUUCUGCUCACCCAAACCAAGUACACUUGACGGUGAGCGUUGUGUCUUGGACAACACCAUACAAAAGGACGCGCAAGGGUCUUUGUUCAACAUGGCUAGCUGGACUUCAUCCGCAGCAAAGAGUCCUAAUUCCGGCAUGGUUUCACAAAGGUUCUCUUCCUUCACCUUCACCCUCAGUUCCACUUAUUCUCAUUGGACCCGGGACUGGUUGUGCUCCAUUCCGUGGAUUUGUGGAGGAAAGAGCCCUUCAAAGUAAAUCUGGUCCGACAGCUCCAGUGCUUUUCUUUUUUGGUUGCAGAAAUGAGGAGAAUGACUUCUUAUAUCGAGACUUUUGGUUGUCCCAUUUACAAAGUGGCGGAGUACUUUCAGAGGACAAAGGUGGAGGAUUUUAUGUUGCGUUCUCAAGAGACCAGCCACAAAAGGUGUAUGUGCAACAUAAAAUGCGAGAACAAAGCACGAAAAUCUGGAAUCUGCUUGCUGGGGGGGCUGCUGUCUACGUUGCAGGUUCUGCUAACAAAAUGCCCUCUGAUGUAUUGGCAGCUCUGGAGGAAAUAAUUUCCUUAGAGGGUGGAGUUACGAAAGAAGUUGCUGCAAGGUGGAUUCACGCGCUGGAAAAGUCUGGCAAGUACCAUGUCGAAGCCUGGUCUUGAGGGCAUGCGUGGCUACCCAAUUUUACUGAGAAAACAGACGUAAGAAGACUUAGAGGAAUGAAGGAGGAAGCUUUACCUAGAGUAUUCACUUAUGUUGUAUCCUUCUUCGUGUAUAAAGAUUUUUGUAGUUUUCAUAUCUGCAAGUCAAAUAAACUAUACAUAGCUGUAGUUCUUUUCCAUUUUCAUAAUGUUUGGAAAUAGCAUUCUUGAGAUGUAAUGGCAAUUAAUUGAUUAAAGUUAUCUUAUUCUUUUAGAAA